GUACUCUUAAACCCAUAAUUCGCAGUACUAAUUAAAAUGAAGGAAACGUAAAAUAAAUUGUGCUCACCUUUCUUGAACUCUCUCACAAUUCUCCCGAGGUUAUUAUCGUCAUCAUCGAUUAAUCACUCAAACAGCUUACUGAUCUAGGGUUUUACAUUUUGUUAUUGGUGCGGCUAAUUUUUUGAAUAUACUUCUAAUAUUGGAGGGAUUUUGCGACUUUAAGUGAUAUUCAGGGGCAAAAAUGGCGGAUGAAGCUAGCAGAACAGCGUUUAUGGAGAUUCAAGGUCGCAUGGUUGAGUGUACUGCGAAAUUGAAGCAGGUGCAAAAUCAAAUCCGUUCUAAAGAAACAGAUAAGAAGCGUGCUUUCUUAACUUUGGAGGAGUUGCGACAAGUGCCUGAUGACACGAAUACUUACAAAUCCAUAGGGAGAACGUUUGUGCUGGAGCCAAAGUCGGUCUUGAUUAAUGAGCAGGAACAGAAGUUGAAGGACAGUGAGACUGCAAUCGCUUCUUUGCAGACUUCCAAGGAGUACCUGGAGAAGCAGAUGGGUGAAGUAGAAAACAACCUAAAGGAGCUGCUGCAACAAGAUCCUGGUCUUGCCCGUCAAAUCAUGUCCCUUUCAGUAAUGUAAACUUCACUUUUGAGAACUUUCCUCUCUUUUCUCUGGUAAAGAGUCUUUUUUGUUUUGCUUUGAAUUGCCUGAAGGAUUCCAUGACAAUUAUUUAGAUUAUAAGAACAAAAUCUUGUGGAUUUUA